AUGAGCACCGGAAAACAAGAAAGUAAACCAAGACCAACCUCUCUUCCAAUAUUAGGGCCCCCCCAAUACACAGAGAUUGACCCCGAGGGAAAUGCAAUAAGUAGAACUUUUACAAUAGCUUCACCGGGUUCACCUACACCACGUAGAUUUUAUAAGAAACCUUCGAAACCACGAGACUUUGCCACUAGCGCAAAGAAAAGACAGAGCGUUUUGGCUUUGGGAAGCAUAACCCACUUGCAGCAUUUCUAUGCAAAAAAAGGAAUUAUCAUACAACCAAAGAAACUAAAGCAACACGCAGAGAAUAUUUUACAAAUAAACGUAACAGAUUUACUGCAAGUGACCGAAGAACCCGAAGACUUUCCUCCGACCCCUCUGCCUCCAUCGCCACCUCCGCUUCCAGCAUUCUUAACCACCAAACUCGAUGUCGAAACAGAUCCCGAAGUGCUCCUUGCCCAAUGCCACAUUGACAUCCACGAAAUGCUUAACGCAUGGCAUAUAGUCACUGGCGAUGCGCAGGAAGACGAGGAAUCGGUGCUUGUUGACAUUCUCGCCGUCAUGGAGACUACAACAAAGGCCAUCCAAUCUGUCAAGAACUAUUCGAUGCAUAAAGAAGACCUAUCACCUGAAUCACUGAGUAAGAUCAGAGCAGCUACUUUGGAUGUGUUAGAUAUGCUCGAUAAAAUAGAGAAAACUUAUCGGGAAGAAGAUGACAGCAGUUCGGAAGACGGGCAUAUCUAUAAAGAGUCAUAUUAUAGAUCACUGGAUACAGAACGGCAAACUUUGAGAAAAUAUUUAAAGGUGGUGGAAGAAUACUUGUUGUUCAAUCAUGAUGAGGAAACGGCGUAUGCUGAAGGUGGACUAGCGAAUGAGGAGAAGAGAGACAGCGGUAUUGCUACUUUGACUCCGCCUGCGUCGCCUGGAUAUCAGUCUUGGGAUUGGGUCAAUCCAGAAUUGUUUAAAGAUGAGAGCGUUGGUCGAUAUCAUUCUUUCCUCGAAGCACAUCGCCCAUCCAAAUCCAAGCACCUGCCGAAUUAUACUCCACUUCCUGAUCCUCGCACUGACAAGACUGAGUUUUUGGCCGCUUUAUCAGAUGGCAAAUUACUUUGUAACAUUUACAACACUGUUGUACGAAGAUCGAAAAGACCAUUUGGAUUCAUCGAAAAGAUUCAUGACGAUACCUCACGAACUUAUCGUGCUUCCGAGAAUUUAAAGUUUUUUGCCGCCGCUUGUAAAUUUCGAUUUGAUAUAAAAUUUGAAGCAUUUGAUACGUUAGCAAUCGUCAAGAUGACAGAUAUUGGACGAGUUCAUCUUGAGGAAGCAAUCAAAGCAUUCUGUGAGAAAGCAAUGGAUGAACUCAUAACUACUGGCGCCUACAAAUCUUCACCAUUGUCACGUGUAUCAUCAAUAUAUUUACUAGACUCGGCGUCAUCAUCGCGCACUAGCUUGUCUCUCAAUCAAUUCAAUCUUGGUCCCAAUGAAAACGAGCUAACAAAUGCGUUUGCAUCUUCGAUGCAUAUCAGGGACGAAUCGACGAAGUAA